AGAAAGAGAGUGAUGGACAAAUACAUAGUGCGAGUGGUUUCGAAUUCGGAAAACCCUAAACCUUUGAUAAGGCCUCGAUGGAGGAGAAGUAUCGUCGAACUAAACGGGAGAUUCGAACCGAUGUACCGACGCGAUGUCGCUACUCUUCUAACUCAAUCGUACUCCCAAAUUGGGUGUUUUCCUCAUUCGUAUCACAAUGGAGGGUUUCAAUGUCCGACCCAUAUGAACUGGUUUGCUAAUGCUGGAUUCCUGGAUAAUAUGACGCCAUUUCAGAAGCAGGGCGUAACUUCUGUGGAAUUUGACAACAAGGGUGUGUACUUGGCAUCAGUGACUAAAGAUGGCUGCUUAACAAUCCAUGAUUUUGAAACCCUAUAUUGUCAGGUGGACAUGAACUGUCCUUCAAGAUUGAAAGAAGAUGAGACAAAACAUUUACUUCACAUUUCUACCAGUAGACAACUCGAUGUUGUUCGAUGGAAUCCUGCAAACCAAGAUGAGAUUGCUUGUACAUCUUUAAGAAGUGGAGAAGUGCAGAUCUUUAACAUUGGUUAUAUUUCCUCUGAGCCUGUUGAAGUAUUAAGAAAGAGGCCUGUAGUUAACAUUCAUGGACGUGAAAUACCCAAAGGUCUUACUGAUAUUGCCUUUUCUAAAGAUGAUAAUCCAAGGGUUUUCGCUUCUGACAUAUACGGCGGAAUAAGUAUGUGGGACCGAAGAGUUAGUCAUCUUCCCUGCCUUGCACUGACAAGUGAUUCAAACAGCAGACUGAAUAGCAUCCAGCUUAUUGAAGACAAUCAGGUUCUUCUUGGGGCUUCCAAGGACGGGCUUGUAUAUUUGUGGGAUCUUCGUGGCGGAAGAUCAUCUAUGGUUCUUCAAAGUCAAAAAGAGGGACAUCUGCCUCUAACAUCUCUGAAACUUGCAACAUCUUUGGAGAAAAUUGGCUCUUUAAAGGCACAGUCAAAUAUUAGUUCGAAGGAAAUACAUUCAAUAACAGUUGAUCCAACAUGUCCAUAUCACUUGGCUUUUCAUCUUGAUGACGGUUGGUCUGGAGUUUUGGAUCUGCACAAUUUCGAAGUUACACAUGUCCAUUGCCCUCCACCACCUUGGUUGGUUGGAGGAAAUCAUUUUGGUACCAUGAGCUUGAGAAAACCGUCAUGGAUUUCAACUCAUUCGAUCUAUGUGGUUGGAUCAGCAUACAACAGUGGUCUGCAUUUUCUAGAUUUCUAUCCAGAUUCCAGUUCUCCUUGCCAUGUCAACUUCAAAGAGGAUAACCUCCGACAUAGGCAAAACAGGUAUCUUCCAUUGUCAGACGGUGUUACAGCCUGUGCAACACAUCCCCUCAAUGGUACCAUUGUUGCUGGAACCAAGCAAUCAUCACUGUUGGUGAUCUCCCAAAGACAACAGUCAUGCGGUAGAGAGGAAUGUCAACAAUUAGGAGGAUGUCAAGUGGAUGAUGGUAAACAUACAAUGUCUUGAUCAAUUUUUGGAAGAUGGGGCGGAUGAUGAGUUUCAGAUGAAGCACCACCAAACAGCAAAUAGUAGAUUUUCAUCAUGUUGAAUUAUUAAAAAAAAAUAAAAAUUCAUUUUUUUUAAAACCAUGAUUUAAUCUCUAGAGGUGGCUAAGCACAUCAUGAACAGAUCACACUGAUACAAAUUGUGGAAAGGUUAUGAAACCCUAGUUCAGAAGUUGUGAGAUGCACAUGCAAUAAACUGUUUAGAAUAUUAUAGUAUUAAUUAACCUUGUUCCUACUUCCUCCCAAAAGUUUAUAAGACUUACCCAUUGUAAACGUGUCAGAGCUAGGAAUCCAGUAUAAUAGUUUUAGUACUAUAAAUAAAUAUUGCAAUUAGGUUUGAAUUAUCUUGAUUUCAGUUUUAUCGCUCUGCAUUUGAAGG